AUGAGAUCUUUCGCUAUCACUGCCUUAUUAUUAGCAGUGAGUUAAGCAGCUUCUAUAAACAAUCUUAUCACUCAUUAAAGAGCUUAAUCUCUCUGGAGACAAGAAGCAACUAACAAGUUUAGCUGGAAUUCUACUCAAAAACUAGAGUGGAAUGUGGUAAAUGCAUUCAUUGAUGUUCAAACCUCUCCAGAUGGAGAUGUCUUUGCAAUUUAAAAGAUAGAUUAAGUCUUGGCAGAUCCAAAGUAUUUCAUUUACUAAUAUGACAUUUCAAAAAAUGUUUGGAGUAUCUACAGCUCAACAUUCUAAGCAAAGGCUGUCAGAUUUGACAGAAAUGCUAACAUGUACUUUUUGAGUCCUAAUAAUUGCAUUCAAAAUUCUUCAAGAAUUGAUGUUCUCUGUGGUGUCUCAGAUUUUGAAGUUGCAACUAACAACACAAUUUGGGGUAUCAAUGAUGGCAGUGGAAGACUUUCUGGAGACAGACCAUCAAGCCCCUUCCAUGAUGUCCCUUUUAGACCCACACUUAAAUACAAAGCUUACAGUGGUUACAAAGGUCUGACAUUGAUUAGAGAUGAGCCAAUAUUCAUUGAUUCUAAGUACUUUGUUCCUUAUGAAUAUGCUCAUGAAAAACUUGUCUCAAUAAGUGCUGGUGUUGAUGGCUCACUUUGGGGUUUACUCUAUGAUGAAACUGCCACAGAUAAUGUACUUGUUAAAUGGUAGACUCUAACCCAGAAGUGGUAUAAAGUUGGAGGAGCUGUUGGCAAAAGUCUUUCUGCUUACAAUGAAAUCUCAGUAGCUCUAGUUGACUCUAAAGGACUUCUUAGUCUUUCAUCUCAAACUGGACGCUAAGAAGAUGCUGAUUAUACUGCUGCUGUAGUAUCAGCUCCACCACCUCCAAGAUCUUUACCUCCAACUUUCGUGUCAUAUGCUGACUUAGAAUUUAUGAGAUCUUAGAUAAAAAUUGAAUUAGGAACUGAUUUUUCAAAGUUUAAUUACAUUUUUGGAUUAAGUACUGGAGAAAUCAAUGAUUAUACCGAGAUAGCUGACGCUAUUGCCGGAAAAAGUAAUCUUUUAAUGAUAGUUAAAACAGAAUUUAAUAAAAACAGCGCAUACUUUUUGCCAGCAGGCAUAGAUAAUGAUUAUAAUAGCUAAAGUGUAUCUAACAUUGUAUUUUCGUUGUCAGGAAAUAAAAGACCCUUCAAACAAUUAUCAAAUUCAAAUGUAUGGUAAUAAGCAUCCUUUAGUGGUGGGUAUUUUUCCAUCUAAAAUUCUCAAGUUGAGGCCAAUAUCGAUAUUAGAUGCAAUAAUGUUAAGAUAUCAGUUAUUGAAGAAUCAGUAACAAAUUCAGUAUUAUCAGGAACAAAUGGAUCAGAUUCUAAUUGCAAAUCAAUCUUGUUCUAUUAUGGAUCUUGA